UCCCUUUCUUUAAUGGCGAUGCCUCUGACUACUGACCCCAACACCCACUGUUUCUCUUCUCCUUCUUCUUCGUCUUCUUCUCUGUCUCUGUCUCUUUCUUCUUUCCUUCGUCCUUCGUUUCCGGUGCUUCAAUGGCGGUUCUUCUUUACAAUGGACUUCGCCGUGCGUGAUCGUCGACGCAACUCCCGGAAAUCCAGCGGCGAAAGCUAACUAGAGUUUAAGACAUUGUUAAUGGCUUGCAGGGACAGAGCUUUGUUCCUUUUCUUGUUUCUCCUCGUUGUCUGGAUCUUGGGAUUCUCUUCUGUUCACUGUGCUACUGAUCCAUCCGAUGUUCAAGCUCUUCAGGUGUUGUACACUUCGUUGAAUAGUCCUUCACAGCUCACCAAUUGGAAAAGCGGAGGUGGUGAUCCAUGUGGUGAAUCAUGGAAAGGGGUUACUUGUGAGGGCUCAGCAGUUGUCUCUAUAGAUAUAUCUGAGUUAGGAGUCUCGGGUACCCUUGGAUACUUGCUCUCGGACCUAAUGUCACUGCGAAAUUUAGAUGUCAAUGGCAACAACAUCCAUGACAUAAUCCCAUAUCAGUUACCGCCGAAUCUCACAAGCCUAAAUCUUGCAAGAAACAACCUAAGUGGGAACCUUCCAUAUUCCAUAUCCACCAUGGUUUCUCUUUCAUACAUGAAUGUGAGUCAUAACUCUCUCUCCAUGUCCAUAGGGGAUAUCUUUGGUACCCAUGAUUCACUUUCCACCUUGGACCUUUCUCAUAACAACCUCACCGGUGAUCUUCCGAGCUCCUUUAGUACACUGACCAAACUUUCUGUUCUCUAUGUUCAGAACAAUCAGUUGACGGGUUCUAUCGAUGUCCUCUCGGGGUUGCCUUUGACCACUCUAAAUGUUGCCAACAAUCACUUCAAUGGAUCAGUACCUGAGAAGCUUAGUUCCAUUCAGACCUUCAUAUAUGAUGGCAAUUCCUUUGACAAUGUCCCUGCAUCUCCUCAACCCGAAAAAUCUCAUAAAAGGCGGAGUCGCUCGGGUUCAAAGAAACCCGGUGUCUCCAGCGGGGAAUCUUCAGACACGGAUACGGGUUUGUCUGGUGGAGCAAUCGCCGGCAUAGUUUUCGGUUGUCUGUUUGUUGCUGGAAUUCUGGCCCUUGUAUUCAUCUUGUUCAUUCAGAAGAACAAAAGGAAAGUCAGAGUUACAAGACCUUCUCAAGGAAAUCUCCCUCUCGGGGGAUCAAUCGUGACGACAGAGAUGCAAGAACAGCGGUUGAAAAGUGUAGCUGCGGUUGCAGAUGUGAAGGCUCCGCCUCCGGUAAUGGUUGAUCGGGUUUUGAAAAACGGGUCGGUAAAUAGAACAAGAUCGCCCAUCACUGCUUCCCAAUAUACCGUCGCCUCUCUCCAAGUAGCAACAAACAGCUUCAGCCAAGAAAACAUCAUCGGUGAAGGUUCUCUUGGCCGUGUCUACCGAGCAGAAUUCUCUAACGGAAAGACGAUGGCGAUCAAGAAGAUUGAUAAUGCAGCACUUUCACUGCAAGAAGAAGAUAAUUUUCUAGAAGCUGUUUCGAGUAUGUCACGUCUGCGGCAUCCUAACAUCGUUCCAUUGGCUGGAUACUGCACCGAGCACGGACAGCGACUUCUUGUCUACGAAUACAUCUCUAACGGGAACCUCGAUGAUAUGCUUCAUCUGAACGACGAUAGAAGCAAGUCUCUGACUUGGAACUCUCGUGUUAGAGUUGCGCUUGGAACUGCCCGUGCUUUAGAGUACUUGCAUGAAGUUUGCUUGCCUUUCGUUGUACAUAGAAACUUCAAGUCGGCGAAUAUAUUACUAGAUGAAGAGCUUAACCCUCACUUGUCCGACUGUGGUUUAGCGGCUUUAACGCCUAACACCGAGAGACAGGUUUCCACUCAGGUGGUGGGUUCAUUCGGAUACAGCGCUCCUGAGUUUGCGUUAUCUGGAGUUUACACUGUCAAAAGCGACGUAUACAGUUUCGGUGUAGUGAUGCUCGAGCUCCUGACUGGUCGGAAGCCCCUCGACAGCUCGAGGCCAAGAUCGGAGCAAUCGCUGGUAAGAUGGGCGACACCGCAGCUUCACGACAUAGACGCAUUGUCGAAAAUGGUGGAUCCUGCUCUGAAUGGCAUGUACCCUGCCAAGUCCCUUUCCCGCUUUGCAGAUAUCAUUGCCCUCUGUAUUCAGCCCGAACCAGAGUUCAGGCCACCAAUGUCGGAGGUCGUGCAGCAGCUGGUGAGAUUGGUUCAGCGGGCAAGCGUCAUCAAGCGACGGUCGAGCGACGACGCUGGUUUUUCUUAUCGGACACCCGAACACGAACCUUCCGACUUUUCCUUCUGAGCAGCCGAAUCCCACGGAAGAGAACUCGAUCAAGUUUUGCCGUUGGAAGUUCAUCAAGACAAGAAUCCAAACCAAGAUACCUUCUUUUUCGUGCAAGAUUGAAAUUUUAUGUAAUUAUUUUGCUUACGGAAGUUUUGAGGGAAAAGAACAGAAGUGGGUACAUAGUUUUUGUCGGAUAUUUGUCGCAGCUGAAUAAGUUUGAGAAAUUUAGACCCGAAUCAAUGUUUAUGUCA